AUCUCUGUCUAGUCUGUCGAAGAGAUUGUUUGUCUAGGGAGUGGGUGGGAAGAGGAAAAAGAUGAAGUUUGGGAAAGAAUUUGCAUCACAGAUGGUGCCGGAGUGGCAAAGAGCUUACAUGGACUACAACAAGCUAAAAGGAAUAUUGAAAGAAAUCCUCCAAAUUAAGCGGCAAAGGAAUCCAGCUAUGGCAGCGACUCCAGAGGGUGGGUUGAAGAGAAAGAUGACAAUGUACAGGGCCUUCAGUGGCCUAACAGGAAGGUACAGCCCCAACCAGAGGAGUGAGAAAGGGGAGUUAAGUGAGGAUCAGGUGAUACUGGUGAAUGCGGUGGAAAGAGGUGGGGAAGGAGAGGAGAAGGUAUCAGGAUCGGGAUCAUCAUACGAGACGAUGUUCCUAAUGUCAUCGGAUGAUGGAGGUGAGUGCGAGGUGAUAUUCUUCAAGAGGCUGGACGAGGAGUUCAACAAAGUGAAUAGAUUCUACAAGGCAAAUUUGGAGGAAAUGAUGAAUGAAGCCAACUCCCUUAACAGGCAAAUGGAUGCUCUCAUCGCCUUCCGACUCAGGGUCGAGAAUCCACAUCAUCCCACCGCCUUUAACUGGUCGCCGCCCACCCCAACCAUGCCAACUACUCCUGGACCAGGAAAGGCAGCGGCACGCAUGGAUGCAAUACAGGAAGUCGAGAUGAGCAGUGAAGGGUACUCAGCAGAGGGGAAUGAGGAGGAUGAAACAGGAAUUGAGAUGAGCAGUGGAGGGUACUCAGCAGAGGGGAGUGAGGAGGAUGAAACAGGAAUCAAUGUGACCAAACCCACAAGCAAUGCUAGUAAUAAUAGUCACCAGGAAAGAGAAGAGAAGAGCAGAAAGAUGUCAUCAUCUAGUAGACCAUCUCCAUUACAAGUCCUAAAGCAUGUGAAGAUCAACAUCUCACUUGAAACUCCACGUUCAACUUUAAAAGGCAUGUUAAUGGAUUCCAAUCAUAAAGAGUUGAGUUUCAGUAAGGAGGAGCUGAGGAAAGCUGAGGGACAAUUGAAAAGGGCCUUUAUUGAAUUCUACCAAAAGCUUCGUCUCCUCAAGAGCUACAGCUUUCUGAAUCUUUUGGCUUUCUCUAAGAUCAUGAAGAAAUAUGACAAGAUAACUUCGAGGAGUGCGUCUAAACCUUACUUGAACAUGGUGGACAAUUCCUAUCUUGGCAGCUCUGAUGAGGUUACCAGGCUCUUGCAGAGGGUGGAGGAUACCUUCAUCAAGCAUUUCUCCAAUUCAAACCGUAGCAAAGGCAUUAACACCUUGAGGCCAACGGCGAAAAGAGAAAGGCAUAGAAUAACAUUCUUCCUGGGCUUUUUUUCUGGUUGCUCAAUAUCACUCUUGGUGGCCCUUAUUUUGAUAGUGCGAGCCCACAAAGUUUAUGAUCAGGAAGGGAGUACUACAUACAUGCUAACCAUGUUUCCCCUUUACAGCCUUUUUGGAUUCAUCAUCCUACAUAUGCUUAUGUAUGCUGCAAAUAUCUACUUUUGGAGGCGCUAUCGUGUCAAUUAUCCAUUUAUAUUUGGAUUCAAGCAAGGAACCGAAUUGGGUUACAGAGAGGUCUCCCUUCUCAGCACUGCUCUUGCAGUAUUAGCACUGGCUGGUGUCCUCACUAACUUGGAUAUGCAGAUGGACCCAAAAACGAACGAAUACAAGCCAUUAACCGAAUUGGUCCCUUUGGGCUUAGUCACAUUUGUACUUCUUGUGACAUUCUGUCCUUUCAACAUCAUAUAUCGUUCCAAUCGCUUCUUCCUACUCCAGUGUGCAUUUCAUUGCAUUUGUGCUCCUCUGUACAAGGUUACCCUGCCGGACUUUUUCUUGGCAGACCAGCUAACUAGCCAGGUGCAGGCCAUUCGUAGUCUUCAAUUCUACGUCUGCUACUAUGGUUGGGGACAUUUCAAACAAAGAAAGAACGACUGCCUCAGAUAUCCUGUUUAUAAAACUUUCUUAUUCAUUGUGGCAGUGAUUCCAUAUUGGGCCCGUCUCCUUCAGUGUGUGAGGCGCACAUUUGAAGAGAAAGAUGUAAUGCAAGUAUACAAUGGACUGAAAUACUUUGCGACGAUCGUUGCAGUCAUCAUGAGGACUGCUUAUGAAAUCCAAGGGGGGAUGAAUUGGAAGCUAGUGGCUGGAAUCACUUCAGCAGUUGCAGCUGUUGUCAGUACAUACUGGGACCUUGUCUAUGACUGGGGACUUCUGCAAAGGACAUCCAAAAACCGUUGGCUGAGAGACAAACUCCUCAUCUCGCACAAAAGUGUUUACUUUACAGCCAUGGUUUUGAAUAUCCUACUGAGAUUUGCUUGGCUGCAAUCAAUUUUCAAUUUUCAAGUGUCUUUCCUGCAUAAAAAUGCCUUCAGUACAACUGUUGCCUGCCUGGAGAUACUUCGACGUGGCAUGUGGAACUUCUUCAGGUUGGAGAACGAGCACUUGAACAAUGUCGGAAAGUAUCGUGCAUUCAAGUCAGUGCCCCUUCCUUUCAACUACGAUGAAGAUGAAGAUAAAGAUGAGUAGGUACAUGAGGUCUUGAAUGUGAGAUGAUGGAUGAAGCAGUCUCCUUAGGAUGCUAGAGUGUUAUAUUAACACAAUGUAUAGAAAAAUUCACUGGAACAACAGAACAGCCACAUGCCAUGACAUCAAAGACUGAGAAUGGAAUACCAAAGGAAUGUAUCCAUCUUGGCCAGUACCCUGUUUGUGUGAUCCACUAUCAAUCUAUCAUUCAUCAACUCAGUACGCAAACUAAAAGUGACAAAGAGUCAUGAAAAAUCCAACAUCACCUUUCCUUAAAUAUUCUUGUUUCACCAUUUGUCUUUGCUUUUUCUUUUUCUUUUUUCUUUUCUUUUCUUUUCUUUUCUUUUUUUUAGUGGUUCCAUUUACAUACAGUCAUACUUGAAAACAUUGUUGGAUCUUCAUUGAGUCUGUACCAGAACUCUUGCUUUACUUAGUAGCAGCUGAAUUUAUUCAUUCAUUUUUAUGAAACUGUAAUGUAUAACAUGGUUGAGAUGUCAUACCCCUUGGAUGAUAUCUUUUUUGUUCUGUUUAGUAGAAGCCAAAUGUAUUCAUUUUUUAUGAGCAACAUGGUUCGGAUGCUAUAACCUUUUGGAAGGCGUCUGUCAA